AUGGCCAGGAACGCAUUCGCUGGGCCAACUCCAUCACCUCCUCACUCAGGCGAUGGCCGUUACAACAUGGGCGACGAUAACCGGAGAGCUGUUGUCAAACCAGAGCCCUUCACACCCCCCUUGACUUCAAGGUCACUCAUUUCAGAUAUUCCUCCUCCAUUAGCAUUUGAUCCUUACGGCGAUCCAUCUCUUUAUCACACAGCUCCAGCUCAUGUGUAUUGCACACCACAGCAAACAAUGGUCACGUCGGUUCCUUCCCACAGAACUUCUCACCGUCUCGCCAAUGAUGGCAUUCAAACUCGCAGUGGGAGAGCGCUUGGUACACCAUCCAGUCCUGGCGAUACCGAAUCCACACGAGCCUCACAAUCACCCCGACCUCGAGCAAGAAGGAAUCUGACAAAGAAAGCCAAUUCAAAAGGCGGACCGGUCAUUGAUCAGCCUCUCAGCGUCUUGACCAAAGACUACGAGACCCCUGUGAGAGAUAUGUCAGCCUGGGUCAAUCGCUCGGUUGAAGAACGGAUGGCGGAGAUUGACCGAAAGAAGGGAUAUAUUGCCAGGCCAAUGAACUCUUUCAUGCUGUACCGAUCCGCGUACGCUGAUCGAGUAAAGCAAUUUUGCAAAGAAAAUAAUCAUCAAGUCGUGUCGCAAGUGACUGGGGCAAGCUGGCCGUUGGAACCAAAAGAGAUCAGAGAAUUGUAUGAGCGAUUGGCCAUCGUUGAACGUGACAAUCAUCAGGCUGCUCAUCCAAAUUACAAGUUUGCACCGAACAAAGCAGGUAAAAGACCCCGGAACGGCGAUGACGAGAGUGACAGUGAUCCGGAAUGGGAGGGCUCGACGAAGAAUUCCAAGCACAGUCGAAAUGCCCGGCGCGUUGACAGCAGGAGCACCUCAUCGACACCAUUUGAAGACCGACCAGCUCGAUAUCAGCGUCCUAUGCCUGCACUGCACCUUUCAGGAUUUGAAGUCGGCCACCCCUAUGGUGCUCCGCCGUUGAUGACGGGUCCGAAUGGAAUAGUCGGAGAGUAUUAUCAAGCUUCAGCCUUCGUGGAGCCGUAUGAUCAAGUCGGCGAUCUCAAAUUUGAGAGGAUUGAAGAUCCUUUCCCGUCGUACCAGACAAGUAUGGGUCCUGUCGGCGUGCCCAAUGCGGGCCAUCAUGAACUGUUGACCUCUUACCCAGCACCACAGCUGAUGGCCAUACCGGCUCAGAAUGACGUUCUUGAUCCCCGUCUCGAUCACAUCGAUCCAAACUAUCAGCUGGCAUAUUUUGGAGAAGGUAUGGAGCCAACGCAGGAGAUUCCCAGAACGAUCGCGUAUGAGACUGUUUCGCAGUUUGAAGUCGGAUACCAGCCAGAAGCUUACCACCCCGGGCUAGCGACAUUGACGGAAGAACAUGAUGUCUGGGGGGAGUCUGGACGUGCCGGCUCGGACUUUGACUCGGAAUUCCAGAAAUUGAGCUGA